UGUACUAAACAGUUCUCUUGCUUGUGAAAAAUCCUGUUUGUACUUUCUUCAUAACGAUCUCAAUACAUUUAUUUGCCUUAAUUAAAAAUUGAACAAUGAAUAUCUUUAUGUACGAUUUUGACGAAGAAUUUCCAUGCGACCUGUACUUGAAUCCUCAGCCCAGUACCAGUUAUGCAGCCGAACAAUCUAUCAUGGCAUCGAGUUCGAACGAGAACCAAUAUUCCAUGGCCCAGAAGACUUGGGAAAUGUCCAACAACAUAGAAACCAUAAGCACAGUGGACGAGAUAUACCGAUAUGACAGAAAGCAGCAGCAGGACAUCCUCAACGCGAAACCUUGGGAAAAGGAUCCGCAUUUUUUCACCGAUAUAAAAAUCUCAGCACUGGCUCUAUUGAAGAUGGUGAUGCACGCCAGAUCUGGAGGAACGUUGGAGGUCAUGGGCCUUCUACUUGGGAAAGUCGAUGCCAACACGAUGCUUGUAAUGGAUUCUUUUGCUCUCCCGGUCGAGGGUACCGAAACGAGAGUCAACGCUCAAGCUCAAGCCUACGAAUAUAUGACAGCUUACAUAGAAUCAGCUAAGCAAGUUGGACGUUUAGAGAAUGCGAUCGGCUGGUACCACAGUCAUCCUGGCUACGGCUGUUGGUUGAGUGGGAUUGACGUUUCCACUCAGAUGCUGAAUCAAAAUUUCCAAGAACCUUUUGUAGCUAUCGUAAUUGACCCAGUGAGGACCAUUUCAGCUGGAAAAGUAUGCCUGGGCGCAUUCAGAACGUACCCUAAGGGAUACAAGCCGCCGAAUGAAGAACCUUCUGAAUAUCAGACAAUCCCUUUGAACAAGAUAGAAGAUUUCGGAGUGCACUGCAAACAGUAUUACUCUUUGGAAGUGUCUUAUUUCAAGAGCUCUCUCGACCGCCGUCUCCUCGACUCGCUUUGGAACAAGUACUGGGUUAACACGCUGAGCUCCGCCAGUCUCCUCACGAAUGCCGACUACACGACAGGGCAGAUAUUGGAUCUCUCUGAAAAACUAGAACAGUCCGAAGCGGCUUUAGGUAGGCUAGGAGGCUUCGUGCUCGGUGGAACAGAUCCUCAUGAAAAGAGAACAGAAGACAAACUUCUUAAAGCUACCAAAGACAGUUGCAAAACCACAAUCGAAAUAAUUCACGGACUAAUGGCUCAGAUGAUCAAAGACAGGCUUUUUAAUCAAAUCAAACCUAAUAAAUGUGAACCUUAAUUUUUUUUU